AUGCGAGUUCUAAUCGUCGACUUUAACGCCGCAAACGGAGUCAUCUCGUGCUGGAACACUGAAUCUUUUACACUUAUGAGAAUACGCAUUGAGCCGCUCACCUUUCAGUUAGUUGUUCAUUGAUUGCUCAACUAUCUGCCCUACUUUCAGGCCAGAAAACCUAUCUUUUCUCGUGUUCGAAGAGCCGUCGAUUCCAUCGACUGACGACGGAAUCGUAGCCCUCAAAGGAGCGCAAGUUCGUAUGGAGGAUCCGAGUGAGACGACCGAUUAUAUAAAAGUGGAUUGUGGAGUGCGUAAAAUCUCCGCGUGGAUCGGCUUCAGCCCCAAUCCUGCUCACCAAACGUUCAAGCGGACAGUCGCAUUCGCCGACUUGUACGGUCUCGUCGACUGCGCCGGCUUCCAGUUCACCGAUCCGUUCGACAUUUAUGGCAGCUUCAUUGUCGUGUAAGUUUCCCGGUAUUCCAGGAAACGCCUUCAACUAUUCGGUCUAGAAACGAUCUCGAUUUCAUAAAAAACGGCACAAAAUUGUUCAAAAUUGACACGAAGAGACACGCGAUUAAAGGAAAACGGAUGUUCGAGGAGGCGGAAGCGUUCAGGCACAAACUCAGGAAUUACGAGGAGGGACUGAUGGGAAAUUGGUGAGUUUCGGGACUCCUCAGUCGCCGUUGCUUCACGUUUAUUUCGAUUACAGUACUACAACAUCUGAGGAGCCCAACAACAACGGAAGAGCAGUGCAAGCCAACGAGUCUGUCAUGGAACCAGCGUAUGUAACGCGUGCUCCAGGGCUGGGCAAUUGGACCUGGACUUUUGAACCACUUGCAAUAUUCCGAUCGGACCCAAGCUUUGCAGGAUUGUUUGACUUGGAUUGAGGGCCAUUGGGACCAAGUUUCAGCCCGAUCGGAUCGGAUAUGUGGAUCGUUGGCCGAUUUUUUCCAAAAAGCCCGGGCUUCCGGCCAAUGAUCCACAUAUCUCGGGAUCAGAUGAUCCGAUCGGGCUGAAACUUGGUCCCAAUGGCCCUCAACCCAUGUCCAAGAAGCCUGCAAAGUUUGAGCCCGAUCGGAAUGCUUCAAGUGGUUCAAAGGUCCAAGGCCGGCCAAUUGGUAGUCAAACUUUUUGCAGGCCUGUCCGUCCGACUAGAAGCAUUGACCACACUCAACGGCCCAAAACUCCACUCCGACCAUCCUUUGUUCCUCUUGACAAUCUGAAUCCGAAUCCGAAUCGAAUUGCGACACCAUCUGCACCAAUUUCUAACGUCUUUCCUCGGUUAGUUCUUGACAAAAAGUGAAAAUUAGCAGUUCUAGGGGUCCCGGUAAUUCUAUAAAGUUGCUCCAACUUUUGCAGAGAGUCCCCAGCGCCUCGCGUCUUGCCCACCGCUUCUGGAGACGUGACUCCACUCGAGUGGGGCCACAUCCCGACUGUCAAGGACCUCUAUCCCGUUUCUCCGAUCGCCAAUGGAGUUGGACAAAUGGGCUUGGCAAGACAAUCGGAUAUUGAGCAUCAGUAGAGUUUCUAGGUCUCUGCAAACGUUACAUUCACAUUUUCAGAAGGCCAACCAGUCUACAGGGUCCGUUCCCGCCCGCCGCUUUCCAACAGAACCAUCCAGUGGUCGGUCAGGACGCGUAUUUGAAGUGCAAACACGCAGUUGUAAUAAAAAAAGAGGAACGACAGAUGAUUGUGUGGCUGAACGAUUGCAAACAAGUCGCCGGCGUCUGGAUGUGAGUCGCUCCGACACGGCGACCAAAAACGUAGAAAGGGGCGUGGCCUAGCGUGCACGGUUUAUCAUCAUUUUGGCGCGAAAUUCGAAAUUUAACCCCAUUUUUUUCAUGUUUUUCGCAAAAAAAUUACCCAAAUUUUGUACGAUUUCGACGAUGUAAUUGCAUAACUUUGUUAAACUAAUCAUCGCGCGCACUAGUUGAGCUUAAAACGAGCAGGUUUCAUUCAGAAAUGAAUCAAUUGAAUCGAUUUUCAAGUUUUGUGCUGAAAAUGCGCGAAUUUCAGUCAUUCGCCGAUACUUUUUGCCGUUUGAACGCUUAAAAUACUUGUAUUAACGUGCUUAAUCACUUCCGACACUCACUUCGUCUCAAAACUAUCGACUCAGGCAAAUCGUUUGUAAUCUAGCUAGGAGAUUUCGUAAUCUAAACCGAGUCGAGAGUAUUUCUAACCGGACCUAAUUAGAUUGCACUAUCACCUAAUUAGAUUUGCAAAUCGGCUAAUUAGAUUAACAAGUUUCCUAACUAGAUUCGGAUAUCUCCUAAUUAGAUUUGGCCAUAUUUUCAAAAUUCUCGUUAAAAAUCGACAAAUUUAUUGGGAAAACAACAACAAAUAAGAGUUUAAUGGGGCUAUUCAGACUGUGAAAAAAAUGAUUGUUUUCCGUUUUUUUCGUUUUUUUACGUCAAAAAAUCCAAUUCAGCGGUGUAAAAAAACGAAAAAAACGGAAAACAAACAUACGCUGAAUAUCCCCAUAACAGAAUAAAAAGUAAAAAAUUAAAAAAUUAGAAGAAAAUUUCGACUUCGGCGGUUUAAAUGUGCUCGCGUCAGCCUACACUCCUUUCGCUCUCUUCAAUUCUUUCUUGCUCGUCGCACGACUGUGGUUGCUGAAAGCAGAAGUCCGUGUUAUACGUGCUCCGGGAAACAUACUCAUGCACGUGCGGAGAAACGAUCGAGUUGUUAUUUUCACACGUGGCAUGAUUGCCGUCUGAAAUAGACACAUUCCUGCACAAAAAUGUAAAAAUAAUAGUAUAACAGCUAAAAAAAAAACGUUCGAAAUCGAUCGAAAACGGCGUGUCUUCCUUCUGUUCAAAUUUCUGUUCAAAUUCCCGUCAAUCUAAUUAGGUUGACUUUAGAUUCGGAUUUUUUCUAAUUAGAUUAGCAAUUAUGUCUGCUGGCGCGAUUCGAGAUCGCGCCUUCGUUUUUACAGUCAAAUCUAGCUAGGUUUAGUUUAGAUUCCGUUUUCACCUAGCUAGAUUCGGAACUCGGUUUAGAUUACGAAAUCUCCUAGCUAGAUUACAAACGAUUUGCCUGAGGAGAUCGGCUGGUAUGAAAAUUCCGAAAUUGCGGCGGCGAUUGGCCGCGGAGAGCGUAUUGCGAAAUAUGCCAAAAACGUCUCGAACGCGGCGUUUUCACGAAAAUUUCAAUGUUUUCUCUCUUUAAUGUCGUCUUUCGUCGCUAUCAACACAUAAAAAUAUCGGAAAAGUGUGCUGGAAUUGCGGCAAUUUUCAGAAAACGCGUCUCAGAUUAGGCCACGCCCCUUUCUACACUUUUGGUCGCCGUGUCCGACCAUUUUUUUUUAAAUGUAUUUUUUCCAAUUUACAGAACGCCAGUAUACCAUCAAUUGGGCGUCGGCGUUUCAUUCGAGUGCUUCUACAAAUCGAUUCCAGAAAAAGAUUUGCUGGUCUGGGAGGUUAUGGUGAGUCUCUCCUACGUCUAUAUUGUCCAUCUUGGGCUCAACAGGAAGUGAGCGGAAUUCUGGAGCAUCCGCCUUUCCCGGUUCGAGAAAUCAGUCAAUUCGAGUUCGAGGCGGAUCUGCAAAUGGACCUGAGCCGCCUGGAUACCAAUUUCAGGGACUGGACCUUCUGCACCGAUGUUCCCGUGUUCAAGAGUCUGAAUGUUGGCAGCGUUAUUGUUGAAGAAUUUGUAAGUUUCAUCUCACAGCGAGUGCAUUACAUACAAGAGUGUUUAUUUUAUUGUUCAGGUAACAGAACCCAGGGGAAACUACUGCAAAUGGAGAGAAAUGAUGAAGAUGUACUACGGACGGGUGCAGCCGAAAAACAUGCUCGGAACGUGUCGGCUCGUCGAGCACGACGUUCCCUUGCGAAUGGUCGAUGCGAAUUUUAACGGAGAAGAUCCGGAAGCAGUGGCCACUCGAUACGUUUGGAAAUUGCACAACGUGUUGGGCAGUGUGGAGAGGAGACAGGAGGCGGAGAAAUGGCUCAAAGAACGAAAUGUGAGUUCCGGCCAGGCCCGACGAACUUGCUCCUUAAUAGAACCUAACUAGGUAUGGAAGAUUCCGCACAGUUUGAUUACCGAUUCACGGUCUCCAAAACUGACAAUGGGCACAAGUGCGCCCCGCCCAAUAGAGCGAUACAUUGGCGCGAAAUUCAAAUUUUAACAGCAAAAUUUGUGUUUUUUGCUAGAUUAGCCACGAAAAACCGAUUAUUUCUCAUUUGUCUCUCGAUAGACCGAUUGUAUAGGCUUUUACGAAUUUUUUAAGCGCGAGAGCGUUAAAUUUGGUCAUGUCGCAAAUCAAAUUUAUCAGUUUGAAGGUUUUUGGCUAAAACUGCGUGAAUUUCAGUUGCUUUUCGGUAAUUUUCGCGGUUCGAGCGCUCAAAAUGCUUGUAUUUACGUGAUUUAUCAUUCUCAAAACUAAUUCUGUCGGAAAACGGUCAAGAAAGCGCAAAAUGAGAAGUUCGAUUUUUAGGCGGCGAUCGGCGGCGAAGGCGAAAAAGCGAAAUCCGCGAAAAAUGCGCCAAAACGUCAUAAAUUCUGUGAGAAUUAGUGUGUUUUCAUGUCGAACAAUCAUUUUUCAUCGCCUUUGACCACAAAAAUCAGAAAAAACCUGCUCAAUUCAUGAAAACGCCAUUUGUCCGCCGAGGCCACGCCCAUAUUGUCAGCUCUGGAGAGGCGUGCGAUUGGCAAAGUAGAACGGACAAUUGUGUCAAGUUCAAACUCACAUUUUCAGUUUGGAAACGGACGUCGACAGUGGGAAGAAAAUGAUGAUAUUGCCCGUCAAAAACGUGUACAAAAAUCCCAACAACUACUCGCUCAGCACGCGCAGAAUCCAGGACAUUUUCAUAGCUAUCGAUUGUAG